AAAGGUCCCCACGGGGAAGGGGAUCUGGGCUUAGGUGAAGGGAUCUAGGCGCUAGUCACCCCAACUACCAAUCAGCUAGGGGUAAUUUUCCCCUUUUCCUGGGCUUCUGGUGCUGCUGGCCGCAGGGGAGAGUCUGCCUGAGGCUGCGCAGACUGAGAGGCCCCCAGGGAGAAAGGGUGUAGGGGUCACUGCAGCUCUACUAUAAAAUCCUAUGGGGCUGCACCAGGCUUGGCGACGUUCUGGAUGGCCCAUGCGGGAUGGGGCAGCUGGGACGGCAUUACAGGGGGCAUGGUCUCAUUGGAGGUGGGCAUGGAUGCGCGAUCGCAUCAUCGUGGCCCCGCUCCUGCUAGUCAGUACCCUGAUUAGCGCCAUUGAAUAGCGGGGGUGGGACUAGUAUGACAUGAUUCAGCGCAGAUUGCGUCACCGGCCUCCCCGGACCACCCACUGUAAAGGACAGCUGCGGGGGUGAGGUCGGGUCUGGGAGUUUAACGUGACUGCAGCAAGUAGUCAGGUAGUGUACGGUAUCUCUGGCUGCCCCCUCCCCCCCUCCCUCUCUCCCUCUGCCACUCUCCCUUUCCUCUUUCUCCCUGACACUGUCUCUCUGUCCCCUCCCUACACUCACUCUCUUUGACAUCAUCUCCCUCACUUUCUUCCUGACACUGUCUCUCUCUCCCUGGCACGCUAUCUCUCUCUCUGUGACAAUGUCUCUCCCUGAUGCUGUGUCUAGCUCUCUCUCCCUGCUGGCACUGUCUCUCUCUCUCUCUCUCUCUCUCUCUCUCUCUCUCUCUCUCCCUGACACUGUCUGUCUGUCCCUCUCUUUGACACUGUCUCUUCCUCUCACUCCCUGACACUGUCUGUCUGUCCCUCUCUUUGACACUGUCUCUUCCUCUCACUCCCUGACACUGUCUGUCUGUCUGUCCCUCUCUUUGACACUGUCUCUCCCUCUCACUCCCUGACACUGUCUCUCCCUCUCUCUCUCCUGACAGUCUCUCUCUAUGAGUCAGUCACUCUCUCUGACACUGUCUCUCCCCCUGACACUCUCUCUCCUUCUCUCCCCCUGACACUCUCUCUCUCUCUCUCUUUCCCUGACACUUUCUUUCUUUCUCCCUUAAGGGGCGUACACACUAGGUGAUUUUAGCCUAAAAAAUAAAUGAUAACGACAUAAAUGUCAUUAUCAUUUAUUUUUAGGCUUAUAUCGUCCAGUGUGUAUGGGGGCAAUAUCUGCGACCGAUGAACGACGUGCGCCCCCGCACGCCGUUCAGCAAUCACCAAUAUCGAGCUGACAUGUAGCUUAACCCAUCAAUGUCGGGCUGAGCUGCAUGUUCGGAAAUGCCGGCGGUGACAUUACUGAUCGUUAUCGUUGAACGAUAACGAUCAGUGUGUACGCACUAUAUCAUUGAACGCUCACCUAGUGUGUACCCGCCUUUACACCCUCGUUUGCUCAUUCCGUCUUUUUCCGUGAAAACCUCUCUCUCCCUGACCUGCCUCUCUUCCUCGCACCCCUCUCUCUUUCGCUCUAAGCCUGUUACCCGAUUUGUCUUUCUCACUCUCUCCUGCUCCCCAAGGGCAUUGAAGUGACAACGGCGGGGGUCAGGGGAGGCCCUGUCAAGUUUUGUCUAUGGGAACCACAAAGUUCUAGUUACGCCCUGCCUUACACCACCCUGCAUCAGCCGCCUUGUCACUGCCUAUCCUCUCCUCCUCCUGCCUACCCCCCCCCUUCUCCCUACGGCCACCACAUUUUUGCUGGACUACUGCCUAAAUGUGAGUGAUGGCUUGAGAGCCCGCCAGAGCCUGCGCCGGAGAGACAAUGCAACCUCCUCCCGGAGACCUCCAGGAUCCUAAAGGUAACAUAAUCUAUCAGUGGCUGAAUGUGCAGACCGCCACAUGCAUCGCAGAUCUGAGCUUCCAGUUGUCCAAUGACCCCAUUCUCGGCAUCUACACCAUCAAUGUGGAGAAUGGCCUGGCAUCCCAAACCUUCGUGGUUAAUGAGGAGGUGCUUCCUCGUUUUGAUGUGACCAUUGAAAAUCCAUCUGUAAUAUUUGCCGCUGAUCCUUCAUUUACGCUGAGAGUCUGUGCCAGAUAUACCUAUGGGAGAGGCGUACAUGGAAAUGUGAUUGCCACCCUUUGUCGGCAGGCAAAUUGGCAGAACGUUGCGGCCUGUACCACAGUGACAGGAGUGACGGAUGUCACCGGCUGCCUGAACGCUUUGGUCAACACAAGUAUCUUCAACCUCACAGGUUCUGAGUAUUUUGAUUACAAUGUUGACGUAAACGCAGACGUCAAGGAGAUUGGCACAGGAGUGAACUUUACUGUUUCCCAAAUUAUUCCUAUUUCAUUUUCUGCUGGUAUGCUAAGUUUUGUAGAAAUGGACUUUUAUUACAAAGCCGGACAUCAGUACAAAAUAACGUUGGUGGUGCAAGACCGGAAUGGGGCUCCACUCAAGUUUACAAAGGCUUCUGUAGGAGUUACCAUUGAUGGAAAGGAUGAAUAUAAAAUAUAUGGAAAAACUGACAAGAAUGGACGAAUAAUGUUCAAUUUGGACACAGGAAAAUGGAUCGGUCGAGUCACAAUCCAAGGCUAUGCGGACAAUCUUUUCAAAGGCGGACCUGCGGUUCCAAGUUAUAUAAAUGUAAUACAACAAGACGUGAUCCCUUAUUACAGUGAGGCCAAGAGCUUUCUACAACUGGUGCCCGUCUUUGGAGUCAUUCCCUGCAAGAGCACAGUGAACAUACGUGUGGUGUAUGACAUAAGCCUACAAGACCUGGAUAGAGAUGAUUUAUUUGUGAAGUUCUAUUACAUAGUUAUUGGUAAAGAUGGAAUUCUUCUUCAUGGAAUCAGAAAAAUUACUGUACAAGAACAGCAGUCGUACGCGGGAGCUCCCAGUGCGCGACGUCCACCUGGAAUCCUAACAAUCCCAAUCGCAUUUACGCCUGCGUUUGGGACUGCUCCUAAGAUGCUGGGAUUUCUCCUGCUGAAGAAUAAGACUGUGGCCGCUGACAGACUGAUGUUCAAUGCGGAAAUGUGUUUUCCGAACAAGGCUACACUGAAAUUUUCACAGUCGGUCGCCAUCCCAAAAGAUCAAAUCAGUCUCCACUUGGAAUCCUCACAGGGGUCUAUGUGUGCCCUCCGUGCCGUGGAUAAGAGCGUCCAGAUCUCCUAUGAGGACAAAGAGUUAACUAAAGAAAGUUUGUUUGGAUUGUUCCAAUACUCUAUAAGAGGCGGAUAUCCAGACAGUGUGCAGGAGGGACAAUCAUUCCCCUGUUGGGGACCCUUUCCUUUCAUGAAAUUUAGACCGUUUUACAUACCAUAUCAGAAUGAUUUUGUGGAUGUGUUCAGCUUAUUCAAGGAGAUCGGUGUGAAGGUCCUAACAAAUACUCAAAUAGUGAAGCCAGAGGUCGUGUUGCCACCUUGUCUGUUUUUUGAGAAAUUUAAUCUUGGCGGUGAAGGUGAAGUGUUGCCAAUGCUGCAAAAUGGCCCCAGCGAAUCAGCCAGCAAUGAUGUGGUUAGAAAGUACUUCCCUGAAACUUGGCUCUGGAAGCUAAUACCCACAGGUGUAUCUGGACAGUCCACCAUCCCUGUGACUGUCCCAGACACCAUCACACAGUUUAAUGCCGGAAUCUUCUGCAUAGGGAACCUUGGUUUUGGCCUCUCUCCGCAAGUAUCCCUGACCGUCUUCUUAUCCUUCUUUGUUGAACUUGCCCUGCCCUACUCCAUCGUCCUAGGAGAGACGUUCUCUCUUAAAGCCUUAGUCUUCAAUUAUCUGGCACAGUGUUUGAUGGUCCAGGUAACACUGUCGCCAUCUUCACAUUUCACGGCGGUAUCGUGCAAUGGUUGUCCGAAAUCCUUGUGUAUCUGUGCCAAUCAGACAGUUACCUUCAGCUGGGAUUUCACAGCCAAAGAUUUAGGCUUGGUGGACAUCACUGUUACAGCCGAAGCAGUAAGCAGCACAGAUACCUGCAGUGGACAGAAACCCUAUGUGCCUCCUAGUGGAAAGAUAGACAUACUGCAAAGACAACUGUUGGUCAAACCUGGAGGUAUCAGGAAGGAGGAAACACAAAAUAUGUUCUACUGUCUGAAAGCUUCCAAUAAGGAUAUCACAAGCACGUUCUCUGUGAUUAUUACGACCGCGUGGGUGAAGCAAUCUGAAAGCGCCUCUAUCUAUGUGAUGGGUGACAUUCUUGGGUCAACACUGCAAAACCUGGAUCAACUUAUCACCAUGCCGUACGGCUGCGGAGAGCAGAAUAUGUUGACCAUGGCUCCCAUCAUAUAUGUGCUGGAUUAUCUGAAGUCCACAAAUCAGCUGGGCCAGGCACUAAAAGAUAAGGCCAUAGGCUACAUGCAGAACGGGUAUCAGCGGGAGCUCUCCUACAAGCACUCUGAUGGAUCAUACAGCGCCUUCGGGGAGUCUGAUGGUGCAGGGAACACCUGGCUGACUGCAUUCGUGAUGAAGUGUUUCUACCAGGCGAAGAAUUACAUAUUUAUUGAUGGCAAUGUCCUGAAUCAGGCGGUGUCUUGGCUUGCUGCCCAUCAGCAGACUGACGGAUGUUUCAUGAACAGUGGGACGCUAAUUCACACGCUCAUGAAGGGUGGAGUGGAGGAUGACCUGUCGCUGGAUGCGUACAUCACUGCUGCCCUACUAGAACGUGGUUUGCCCGUGAAUGACCAGUUGCUCAGUAACGCCCUCUCCUGUUUGAGAGGGAAAGUGAAUGGAUCUGUGACCACUUACACCAUGGCUCUCCUGGCUUACACCUUUGCGCUGGCCAAUGAUUCGACGGUUACACAGCAGCUUCUGGACAAACUGUUCCCACUGGCGGUCUCCUCCGGCGGUGACUUGCACUGGGAGUACAAUCUUCAGUCAUCUACUGUAUCGGCCGCCGUUGAGUUAUCCGCUUACGUUCUUCUGGCAAUGAUCACGGGACCCUCAGUAAGCACCGCAACGAUUCUAACAGCCUCUAAGAUUGUCACCUGGCUGAUCAAACAGCAGAACUCCAAUGGGGGAUUCUCAUCCACGCAGGAUACAGUUGUGGCUAUUCAAGCUCUAGCCAAAUACACCAGAAUCACCUUUGUUCCUGAAGCCAACGUGUUAGUGAAAGUCUCAAUAGGACAAGAGUCUAUAAAACAGUUCACGGUGAAUACAACCAACCGGCUUCUUCUCCAGACAGCCCAGUUGCCAAAUAUUCCUGGGGAAUACAAUCUGCUCAUUACAGGAUCGGGCUGUGUCUACAUCCAGGUCGUCUUAAAAUACAAUGUGAUGCCUGUUGCAACAAAGUCGGCUUUCAGUAUUUCAGCCAACAUCGAGAACUGCGGCAAUGAGGACGAAGCAUUGGUACUUCACUUAUCAGUCAGUUAUAUCGGGAGCCGUAAUGUCUCCAAUAUGGUACUUAUUGAAGUUGGAAUGCUGUCAGGGUACCAACCAUCUGACAACACGGCCGCUAAGCUUCUGGAAUACCCUCUCGUCAUGAAAGUCAAUGUCGUGGUGGAUUCAGUCACUAUAUAUCUUGAUCAUCUCGAUGCUGUAUCACAGGAUUACUACAUUGAUCUACUGCAGGUGAUUGCUGUCAGUGACCUGAAACCUGCAAGUAUCAAAAUAUAUGACUACUAUGAGCCAGAGGAAAAUGCUGCAAUCACCUACGGCCCGUGUCCCAGAGGUUAAUUCAGUUAGAAGAUUAUCCCCAGUGCUGUUUUGCUGUAUCUGCUCAUGUGCAUGUUCCUCUAUAAAGCACAAGCAGAAUGUUGAUAUUCUGCAGCAAACAUUCGGAGUACUGUGGACAUUCAUUGGGAAAUUGUGGAAAUGACUGAGAAGCUUGCAUUAAUCCUGGAACUAUAAUGGUAAAACCUGCCCUGGGCAAGAUAUAUGUGCCGUGGUUUAUGGCUUUAUGUAAUGUGCAUUGUGGUGAAUACAGAUCAAUCACCUGUCUGUUCCCUUUGUUUGAAAUAAAACUACUAUUUCAUCCAUUAAAA